AUGCAACUGACGCCAGGGACAGCCGAGGACCAGAACCAGAACCAAAACCAGAACCCUCUGGUCUACCUCCACGCCGAACUCCUCCCGCAUAUCCGUCACAUAACCCUCUAUGUCUCUGUUCCUGCUGCGGAAAAUGACGCCGCCCAAUCGCAAGACUCCUCACGCACACCAGUGAGGGAAACCACGGGAGAUGUGCAACUCACACUCUCCGAGUCCCGCCGCGCCGUAUCGGUGUCCGUCACACAGCCUAACUCGACACAACCACAGGAGGAGAAUACAAUGGAAACGAUGAAACUCCCCGCGCGGGUCACGGAGGGCGCACGAUAUGUGCUCCGCGCACCGCAGUGGCAGCACACCCCUGAGGGGCGGCGGGAGUCGUCGUUUCGGAUGCAGGUUGACGCUGAUAAUGGGAAGGGACUGUUGGCGGGAAGCGGGGAAAAGGAGGAGGAGGAGGAGCCGGUGGGCGGGUUUGUGCCGUGGAGGGCGCCGGACAUGCGGCCGGGGACGCGGGUGAGGUGUCGUGGGUGUGAGGGGGUGGUUCUGGAUCCGCAGCAGCCUUCACGAUCGGAGGGGUGGGUGUGGAAGGAUCUGCCGAGUGGGAAUUGGGCGGAGAUGAUGGAUUUUUGGCAUUGUCAUAAGCCGGAUCCUGAGGUUGGUCAUGGUCAUGGAGAUGGGGAAGGUCGACCGGAUGAUCCGAAUGCAACGGUCAAAGGGUAUGGGGCUGCGAAUCAGGUCGUGGCUACCGUGGGCACGAUCCUGGUGGAUGUCGCGACGUUUCUGGUGGCGGCGGAGGAUUGUUUGGGGGUGAAGAAGGUAAGAAUCUCUGUUUCUUUGAUUGUGGACCCGGACUCAGAUGAUAUCCACUGUUGCAACUGUAAUACAUUACUCGGCCAGGUCGACCCUGUAGCCAAAGGCUGGAGACUCUUCAAGACCGCUCUCUCGGCCACGACGAAUACCGGUACCGAGCAAUCAGAGUGGGAAACCCACCCCAUCGAGGUCAUCAUCGCCGCCCAACUCCUGGAGCUCGUUGAACGAGAAAGCGCCCGCCGCUUCGUCGUGCACUGGGGGCACAGCAGUGGCUUGUUGAUCUGGGUCUUCAACCCCGACAUGCGGUAUUCCAACUCAAGCGCCCACCACAGCAUCGCCGCCCAGCGAGCGAUGAAGGUGUUCUUCCAGCGUCUCCACAACGUGGAGCAGAUGCUACACCCGGAGGUCGGAAAGCCAUCGAGCACGCUGGCCUUGGAGGAGGUGCAGCUGCCGGAGGAGACGUAUCGGGCUUUCGAGGAGGUGCUGGACGCGCGGAAUGCGAUGCUGCCGGUGUCGGCGAGGGUGUUUAGGGAGUGGAGGGUGGGGAUCUUGCAUCGGUUGCACCGACGUUGA